AUGUCUGAGCCAUCUGUAGUUGUAUAUACGAUGUACACACAGGCACAGGAUGCCAUCAAAUCUGGGGCGACCAGCCCUGGCUCAGUGUCUAUCAGUACUCGCGGUGGCGGACAGAACGAUGCACUGCUAGUACUGCUCCCUCUUCUCAUUGUGUUGAGCUGUCUGCUCUUUCUGCUCUUGUUCUUCCUAGUAUUUGUCCUCUUGUUUCGACGGCGACGAUCCAUCGCACUCGGCGACCGCAAUGGCCCAGUUGAUAUGAGUCGGGAAGACUUCUCUGGUGCCGAUGGAGGCUUUGAGGGACUUGAGCAGCGAUGGCUCGACGGUGUAUCAGACAUGGAACAACGCCAGUAUCACCGGGUCAAAGAGUAUCAACAACAGUUUCCUCCCAAUUCACAAGCAACGGACAUCACUCUAUCCCAAUUCCUCACAAUACAGGAAAAGGGUGUCUCAGCCUGGUCCUUUGAGCCCGACUACGAGGCUGGGGCUAACCUCCUUGUUCACGCUCGCACCGAACUCACGUUCCUGCCUGAUCCUUUCUCUGCCACCUCAGUCCAAUCCAAUUUGCCUCUACCCAAGUUGAACGAGGUUUACUACUGGGAAGUUAAAAUGUUCGAUUUACCAGCCACGACGAACAUCGCCAUUGGCCUUGCGACAAAGCCAUUCCCAUCAUUCAGUAUGCCAGGCCAUGCUAAACAAUCAUUUGCCUACCUAUCAUCAGGCGAGCGCUGCCACAAUUAUCCAUUCACUGUCACCUCCUGUGGCCCCCCACUCAUCGAGGGUGACGUGCUCGGGAUCGGCUACCGUCCUCGCACCGGAUCUGCCUUUUUCACUCGUAACGGCCGGCGCUUGGAGGACGCGUUUACCGGUCUCGGCCGGCUGAAUCUCUUUCCCACCAUUGGCGCUGACGGUCCUUGCAGUUUGCAUGUUAACCUUGGACAGGCUGGGUUCGUGUUCAUCGAAGCCAACGUCAAGAAAUGGGGCUUAGCGCCAAGCGUUGGUACGCUCGCACCUCCACCUGCCUAUGGGUCCGAACGCGGAAGCAUCCUACUUGAAGCAGGAGGUGCAAUCAUACGCACCGACGACGGCGCAGAAGGAACGAGCUUUGGAAGUACAGGUUCUCCUGGAUACCGGACUCCCACCGCCCGUCGGAGCACACGACAUCAUCCUCACGCGAGCUCGAGUUCGGUCCCACCUCACCCGUCUCCCCUGCGGACCGGCCGCUCAGCAUCGACAGGAGCAGGAGCAGGAACAAUAGCGCCCGCCGCGCCUUCUUCCUCGCUCACGCCCACGAUCGAAGAACCCGAGACAGACACCGACGCAGAAGAGGAUGAACGAACGCCGUACGUCAGUCCUACAGACGCAGAGUUCCACACCCCGCUCAGACGCCUUGUUAGGAGACCAGCCGUAAGCGAUGACGGUACGACGACCUCUGCGAGCGCACGAGACGAGAAUGCGGUGGUGUUGGCUUCGCCUCCCGUCUCGCCCAACCCGCCCACGCCGCGCGUUACAGACAUUCAUUUGCGACCGUUGAACCUCGGUUCCAGCGCUGGGAAUAAUGCGGGAUCGGGAGCCAACGUCCCCGCGCUUUCGCCCCGGACACUUGCUGCGCUGGCUCCCCCUGGUCCUCCCCCACCGGAAUACUCUCCCCUAGACGUGAACAGGUACCCAAAUGGAGUUGCACUCGACUUGCCGGCCGACGUCAUCGCAGCUGCAUUGGACGGUCCCUCAUCAAGGAGGCACUAG